GAGAUAACUGCAAGACCACUGAAUACAGCAAGAUGAAAAGCAUGCUUUUAGACUUACAAAAUCAAAAAUAUAUUACCCAAGAAAAUGAAAAUCCCAACGAUGAAGACAUAUCUCGGAAGAAGUUGUUGGUGGAUCAAAUGUUUAAAUACUUUGAUGCAGACAGUAAUGGACUUAUAGACAUUAAUGAACUAACUCAGGUGAUAAAACAGGAAGAACUUGGCAAGGAUCUUUCUGAUUGUACUUUGUAUGAUCUGCUGAAAUACGAUGAUUUUAAUUCUGACAAGCAUCUGGCUCUUGAAGAAUUUUAUAGAGCAUUUC